GUCAGAGGUCGCACGGAAAUCAUUUCCUUCUAAAUGGGGUCGCAUGCAAACACAUGUCUUGUAUGUUUAAAACACACGGUGUGAUUACCGGGAAUUCUGAUUAACAGUCCUCGUUUUACUGCAAUUCCACAUGGAAUUGGAAGACAGAGAUUUCAUCAACACCCCUCCGAUGAAGACAGUGCGAUUCGGUGGCAAUGUCGUCAACACACUGGCCAAGUUCGAAAGGGGUGACACCAGUGACUACGAGCUAUUAAAACACCAGCUAACAGACCCAGAUAUUAAGGAUGGUCAGAUUAUUAACUGGCUCCAGGAGUUUCGUAACUGCGUGACACAGCUCACCAAAGACCACGAGCAACUGGUAUACGUCGUUUUGAGGUUGCCGUGGCUCGGCCGGAGCGCGGCAGUGGUGGAGGAAUACCUGGCGUUCCUUAGCAACCUGGUUUCCGCUCAGACAGUCUACCUGCGGUCCUGUCUUAAAAUGGUCGUUUCCAACUUUACGCCCGGGAGAACGCUGAUCCGAGAGGGGGACGUGAACAUCUCCGACUCGGACGACGAUGACGAAAACCUGCCCAGGAACUUUGAGCUCUGCCACCAGGCCCUGCAGGUCAUUGGGAGAUACGUGCCAUUCACCAGCCGGUUUCUGAUGCCCAUUCUGAGUGAAAACUUCCCAUUUGUACAGAAGUCCUCCAGGACCCUGGAGUGCUACGUGCAUAACCUCCUGCGUGUGACCGUGUACUUCCCGCUGCUGCGCAGAGAGGUGCUGGAGCUGGUGGUGGGCAGAAUGCUCAAGCUGGACGUCAGCGCCCCCCGCAGCGACAUCGAGGAAGCGGAAGAAAACUCCGCCCAGCAGCCCGAAGGGGGCGGAGCCCAGGACGAGUGUCUUUUUGACAUGGAUGAGGAUGAUGGUCCAGAGGCGAAGUCCUCCGAGGCAGCAGGGGGCGCUGUGAUGGCUCACCCGGUAGCAGACCGGCUGGACACGCUCAUGGCCGUGCUGCUGUCCUACAUAAAGGACGUCUGCUACGUGAACGGUUCCUUGGAGUUGGACCGUACCAAGGAGCUGUACAGGGACCUGGUCUCCGUGUUCGAUAAGCUGGUUCUGCCCACUCACGCUUCCAGCCACGUGCAGUACGCCCUCUUCUACCUCUGCAGCUUCCGCCUGGGCCUUGCUGAGGCCUUUCUGGAGCACCUUUGGAAGAUCACGCAGAGCCCCGCCCAGCCCGCUGUCCUACGCCAGGCAGCCGCCGCCUACAUCGGCAGCUUCCUGGCAAGAGCCAAAUUCCUGCCCGUUGCCACGGUGAGGGCGUGUCUGGACCUGCUGGUGCCCUGGCUGCAUCGCUACAUCGACGGCCAGGACUCGGGCUCCAAGGCCUUCUGCGACGUGGCCCUGCACGGGCCAUUCUACACCGCCUGCCAGACCGUCUUCUACACCCUCAUCUUCCGCCACCGCGCCAUCUUGGAGGGCAGCAUGCGCCAAGGCUUGGCCUACCUGCAGGGCCUGAACCUGGAGCGGAUCGUGAUGUGCCGACUCAACCCGCUGAAGGUCUGCCUGCCUGCCGUUACCAACAUGUUUGCAGCCAUCACCAGGAAGUACCAGCUGGUGUUCUGCUACACCAUCAUCGAGCGCAACAGCCGGCUCAUGCUGCCGACGGUGAGGAACAGCCAGGGCGGCAGCGCCACGCUCACCAACACCAACGCGCUGGACAGCUUCUUCCCCUUCGACCCCUACCUGCUGAAGAGGUCACGGAAGUUCAUUGAGCCGCUGUACCAGGUGUGGGAGGAGCCAGGCGACUGUGAGGUGGAUGCUCCCAGGAAGCCAGUCAGACAGUGCUCAGCAGAAGAGGAGGACGAUUUCCUGCAGGGCGAGGCAGUCCAGACGGACGGAGUGGUUGGCAUGACGCCCGGAUCCUACGAGUCGCACCUGCACAGCCCCCGCAGCGUGGGCUCUCCUCCAAUCGCCUUCCUCCACCGCCCCUUCUAGCUCCGCCCUCCACCCCUGCCCCCUUGACCCAGCUGCUGCAGCGUGGCAAGAUGGCCGCCGCUCAGGAAUCUGCAGGCGAGUGGGGCACGCCCAGGGGGUGUGUCUGUAGCCACGCCCUGCGGAGUCUGUCUGUGGUCAUGCUCCAGGGGGUGUGUCUGUAGCCACGCCCUGCGGAGUCUGUCUGUAGCCACGCCCCACGGAGUCUGUCUGUGGUCAUGCUCCAGGGGGUGUGUCUGUAGCCAUGCCCCACGGAGUCUGUCUGUGGCCAUGCCCCAUGGGGUGUGUCUGUGGUCAUGCUCCAGGGGGUGUGUCUGUAGCCACGCCCUGCGGAGUCUGUCUGUAGCCACGCCCCACGGAGUCUGUCUGUGGUCAUGCUCCAGGGGGUGUGUCUGUAGCCAUGCCCCACGGAGUCUGUCUGUGGCCAUGCCCCAGGGGGUGUGUCUGUGGUCGUGCUCCAGGGGGUGUGUCUGUAGCCAUGCCCCACGGAGUCUGUCUGUGGCCAUGCCCCAGGUGGUGUGUCUGUGGUCAUGCUCCAGGGGGUGUGUCUGUAGCCACGCCCUGCAGAGUCUGUCCGUGGCCAUGCCCCAGGGGGUGUGUCUGUGGUCAUGCUCCAGGGGGUGUGUCUGUAGCCAUGCCCCAGUGGGGGGUGUCCUUGGCCAUGCCCGUUACCGCCAUGGUCAGGACCUGCAGCGACCACCGAUGGUCUCGUCAGUCCCUGUCUGCGUUUUGACCAUUUAAGGGAUGGCCCCUCAUGAACUGCACCGUAGAAUAGACCGAUCUUCCCAAAACUCAAGCUGGGUAUCACAGCCCCCUGGCGGGUAGUGGGCGGGUAUAUGUAUGGGGCGAAAUAAUUUAUCGUCUGUUGUACACUUUCCAGUAGCAUUCACUCCAGUGGAAUUAAAUGCUGCAGCUGUUAUGUGCGUAACAUGAGUUACAGCACACAUGCCUAGGUAAUGGACGGUGUGCUUCCAUUUUAAUUCCACAUCUGAAGGGUUGGUAACAGAAAGAUUAAGUGAGUCUUGGAGUUGGAAUGAUCCACAAUGUGUGUGUGUGUGUGUGUGUGCGUUCGUGUUUGCGUGUGAUGGGUGGGAGGUCGCAGCUACAAACGGAUAGAUGCGAGAUCCACAUUACACUUUCUUCUGCUGUUCCUGUAACCAUGGAAAUCAUAAACGCCAAUAUGUCUCGAGGCGGUCUCUGUUUUCUCUCUCAAUAUGUCUUGAAAAUCGAGCAAAACAGCAUAAGGACGUUUUUAUUGCCUAGAGUUCAGUUUUCAGUCUAGUUGGACUGUGAAGGGAAACCCUUUCCUUAUAUGAGGUGCACAGAUGUAUGAAAUCAUUCUGUUGAUUUUUUUUAGUGAGUAGGGUGAAGUGUUGGGGGAAAAUGUCUGGACUUAAGACAUUGCACCAACAGUGCCCCCCAGUGGACACAGCGUGUCCUGCAUUUGCUCUGACAAGCGCAUUCAUUGCAGUUAGAUUUGUGCUCUGUUUGAGUUUUAAUUCAGCUGCUCUAUCGCCCGACCAAACUUAAAGGCUUUUUAACUAACAGUGUGGGAGGCUGUGUGUUUGGAUGGGCAUUAAGAAACAAGCUUAAGGACUGUUCUGUCAGUAAAAUUCAUAAUGCUCUUGCUCAACUCCUGAAUAUUGGUACACAUUCAGAAUUAUGGGAGAAGAUUUUAACACACUGUCUUUUAUGUGCUGGUGCUCCUGUAGUUGAUUUUAUGUGUCUUUUCAUCUGAAGUUGUGUUCACCCUUCUUUUCUCUGCUUUCAUUUUGUGGACUUUGAUUUCUGCAGUGAUGGAUGUUUUCAUUAAAUGGGGCUGUAGCUGCUGUUGUUGAUUCUGUACAGGCAUUUCUGCGUGCAUAUCUGCUUAUGACCUGUGUCUGGAUUUUGGAAUAAUUGCGAGCCUGAAAACUAAAUCCCAUUUCAACAGAAGUAAUGUUUAUGAAACAUUUAUUUUUGACAACUGAUCAUUUUGUACUUUCAAAUUGUAAUUUGCUUUCAAGAAAACUGACCUUUGGUUCCAAUCGACUGUUUUUUGACAUUUGUGUGCAUCGCUAACUGCCAUUGCUAACAAAUUGUACAUCACACUACCUUUGCAACUCUCCUGAAAUGAAAUGUUUAUUAUGCGAUAUCGUUUUAAAAACCAAAGGCGAAAUCACAAAUGAUCACCCUAGCUUUAAUGGGUAGAACUGAUGUAUUUAAGAGACUUUUGUACAAACGUGCUGCAAUAAAAUCUUGCUCUGUACACAGAAGGA